AUGUGGGAUAACACAUCCCUUAAUAGACCCCUUCAAGAUGGUGGCUCAUUUGAGCAAAUAAAUCUUGAAAUCCAUGAGGACUUGAUCGAAAAAGAAAGCAUAACCCAUAUGAAGCUUUUCCAAUUGGCCAUUCUUCUGCGAAUAAGAGAAGAAGGGUUGUUUCGUGUACUUAUUGUUAUUAUUGGAGUAAUGCUAUUUAGCUUCAUUGAGCCAUUUGAUAUUGGGAACCCUAAUGGACAAUACAAGGCCCCAUAUGCUAUAAUUUACAGAAACUUGGCAAUUCUUGGAGUGCAAGGAUUUUCUGCUUUGCCAAAGCAUUGUUUGCAACUCUGUUGUGGGUUCUUCGCAUUUGCCGUCGGUAUUAAUGUGGUUAAAGAUUUUACUCCCAAAAGAAUUGGAAAAUGGAUGCCACUUCCUACAGCAAUGGCAGUACCAUUCCUAAUCGGAGGGUAUUUUGCUAUUGAUAUGUGUGUAGGGACUCUGAUUGUGUUUUUGUGGUAUAAAAUUAACUCCAAGAAGGCAGAGUUAAUGGUUCCUGCUGUGGCUUCUGGUUUAAUAUGUGGGGAUGGUCUCUGGAUACUGCCUUCAUCUGUUCUUGCCUUGGCCAAAAUAUAUCCCCCAAUUUGUAUGACAUUCUUGCCUGCCUAG